AUGUCAGCAAAGGUGUGGCUGAUAUCGGAAGCUAGGAAAAAUUCAAGCCUGGAAAGAGGAAUAACGCGGCCUGCUGCUCUUCUCCUUCCAAGACUACUCGACCACAACUUGAAAGUCAUCAUUCGACAUGUCUUGCUGCAUCUCCUUCACUCUCAUGGCCGACCCCACCAACGACGGGCUGCAGUCAACUACCUCCACCACCUGCAAAUAUAUGACGUAGUCGAUGCCCUCAGGAAUCUCCCUCAGCCUGUAGCAGUGCCUAACGAUCAGUCGCUCGAGCCUCUUCAGAAUCAGGCCACCGCCCGACCAAUCCUCCAAGUCCAAGUCCUCCAGCUGCAGAAACCUCAGAUCCCUAAACUCAUCUUCGCCAACUUCCCAAACGGGCCCUUCAAAGGCAUAGCAUCCCAAUUUAAGCACUUGGACUGGGAAGUUUGA